GAGACGCAAUUGAGCAAGACCUAGCCUGGGGGUCUCCGCACGAGCCCCUUCUCUCUUUGACACCGCCGCUUCCUCUCCUCUCCUCUCUCGAUUCUCCUCCCCUGCGUCUCCUCUUCCGCGCAGAUGAGGCACAUGUUCCGGGCUAGCAGCGAUUGCAGGGGGCGCUGUUGCAGAUCCUCAUCGUUUCUCGGGGAGAGGAGCUCGUCAAUGAUCCAUUUUUUCCCAUGGAUUCGCGAUGGAGCUGCUCUAGGAGGAGCUUCUUCUUUGGACGCCAUGGAAAUCUUCAAGGAGAGGAACACGCGGCUGAAGAACUCGACAUGGAGGAUCUGAAACCUCGCAAGGAAGAAGGAGAGGUACGUCAGCAACAAGUACAAGGCGGUGAUCAGAGGAGAAGCGCACUGUACGAUGCAUAUCGGAGAAAAAGGCGCACUACAGGUUCUCCUGGUACUAAAAGAAGUUGGAGCUGCAAACUGAAUGUUCAGGGAAGCCAAGAUCGGCUGAUAUGAAACUGUACCUCCUGUUCAAGAUACUGUCAUGGCAACGGUGGAAGGCUGCAGAGGACACAUCCUGAAUUGGUGUUCUUUGCAAUGCCCUGGUGACCGGCGCCAGCAACACACUAUGGCCCGCCAGUCGCACUGAACGGCGGCGUGAACCAUCUGGUUAAGGGAGUAGUGGCGCAGAAGACGACGACGUGGCAGAUGAUGGAUUGGAUUGUCCCUGUCGGCGGCGCGGCAGCUGGGUUGUGUGCGCAGGCGCAGCCGACAUAGAGGAGGAAGAACCGCCGCUCACGACCUCGCACUACGACGGCGCAUCUUCUACUAUCUCACCGGUGGAGUCCUAGAUCUGGGAUCGUGAGAAGCAAGUGUACAUCUAGGGAUUUAUUUGAUUUGAAUGUAUUAUGUUAGCUUAGCCUACUCUGUUGAUGUUGGUAUAUCAGGCUUCUAAAUUUCAGAAACAUGGUUGUUGCAAAUUGCAACGUCUACAUGAAGGAACCCUUGAAAUAGGGAUGGAGUACAGGACAGUUUCUGGACUUGCUGCUCCUCUUGUGAUUCUUGAUAAAGUGAAUUUGCAGGCAUUACUUCCAAGUCACAACCUGCAUAUUUUAGAAAUUCGUUGGAUAAAUAUUUGAAUAUGGUGCUUUUCUAAGGAGCAUACAAUUUAUCUCUUGUGGAAUGAGUAUUGAUUUGCUGAUACCCUGUAGUUAGCAUACAGAGGAGGUUGCUUGGCUGUCAAAAGAAUUUUAUUAUCUUAUAUUCCCUCCGUUCCAAAAUAGAUGACUCAAUUUUGUACCAACUUUAAUACAAAGUUAGUACAAAGUUGGGUCAUCUAUUUUGGAACUGAGGGAGUAGAAGGUUGCUGUAUUGAGAUUUUGGAAUAAAGUGCUUCAUUGGAAGUCUGUAAGCAGAAGUUUGGUGCUGCUUCGUUGGAUUUCAGUGAGGUUAUGAUAUAGUGCUAGACUGACAGCUUUAGUACUACUUAUUUCAUGACUGCUUCUACAUAUUUCUAGGCUGUGCAUUUCUAUGUUUGAUUACUGUGUGUUGUCUCAAACCCUGCUAGACUUGUAUCAUUUGUGUUGUAUGUCAUGGAACCGAAACUAGCAUUUUGGACAUUCAUUGGACACUAUUGUAUACUCCGACUUCAAUUCCAUGAGAGUAUUGAACUUGGCACUGAGAAUCAUCCCAUGGAACUGAAAUUAGCAUUUAUCUCCGAAACCAGAACAUAUAGUUCACUACUGAAGUAGCUACCAAAAUUUUGCAAGGUGUUGGACCUUUUCACAUAUGUUGCUGAUCGUUUCUUCUUUAUCGGUGUACGGUUUGGCCGAUUCCAGUGAGACGUGCCUCGAGCGUAUGUUGUCGAUGCGACAAUGAGAAGAUCCCCUCUUUGGGCCCUCCCCCUCUAGUUUUGCCUCUCAUGCUUCCUGUUUCUCUGUUCUCAAGGGAGGUUCACUGGUUCUUUUGCAGGUUUGUGUUACUAUUUGUCUUGUUUAAAUGGCCAAAGGUGCAUGGAAAUUUCUAUGGAAUGUCACUCAAGGAGGGUCAGACAUAGUUCAAAGUUGAGUGAUAUCCUCAUGGCCAACAAGGAUUGAUCCUGAUUCAAGCUGGAAAGUUUUGCUUUCGUGCGAGUGUCAUAUACAUGUAUUGUUUCUUGGGCAUUGAAAGUUAAGGAAAACACUUGUUUGAUUGGUUGAGCGCAGCUUGCCAUUUGUUGAGAUUUGUUACUUCAGUUAGAAAAUUUCAGUCUGAGUCUGCACCAUAAUUCCUAACAACUCAAUGAAGGUCUGGCUUUGUUUUAUCCUUUUCUAUUGCUUCAUAUUCAAUUAAUUCCAAGAUACAUUUGAUAACUAUUAAUAGUUGUAGAUGUUGCAGGUUGCAGAUACUAAAUUUAGGAUUCAUUUAGUAUCCAAUGCUUUCAUUUUCACAUCGGUACUGAAUUAUCCAAUACUAAAUUUAGGGUUCAUUUUCCAGCUACACCAUAUAUUUGAUUUUUCACUUCCUGACAAUAAGUGUCAAUUAUACUAACAUGUCCUGAACUCUUUUGCUUGGUCAUGAAAAGAGCAGUGGGUGAAAAUGUUGGCUUAGAAAUUCAGAACAUCAAAGAAGUGGUCGGGGGUCGGGUCAUGGUAAGUAAACACUUUACAGUGUGAGUCCGGCUUAUCAUUUGGACUUGAUUUAAUGAAAUGAACAAUGAUGCGUACGCAUUUCCAGAAUAUAGUUUCUUCAAUGCAGCGUAUGUGUCUUUUACUCUAGCUUUUGUAUGCUAAUACUUCCACAAAAAUGUAUGGCCGUCUUUGCAUUGUACAUUGUAAUGUCUGAUUAUUUGUCAGUCAGGUUAAGAUCAUAAAUGCAUCAUUAGUCCAUCGAUCCUGUUUGAUCCAGCAGGGUAUACCUUGCUGCUAGCUUUAUACUAUCUAGAGCAUAUUUCUUUUUCUCUUUGUUUAAUUAAAUAGCGUAAUACUAUUGUUAUAAAGAAAUAUGAACAGGCGACAUUAUCACAGCCACCGAUCCCAAUGGGGUCCUCAGGGACAAGAACGUACGCACUACCUCCCUUCUUUUUCUUUACCCCAACCAAGCUCCAAAAUCUGGUGAGUCACGGGGGUGCAAUCCUCUCCUCAGGCUGACCGACAACCUCCAAAUUUCUUCAUCAGGUCCUACAGUCGAUCAUGAGCUACUGUGCCAUCUUGGUGGACGCCGUGACGUUCGUGCAGGGAGCUCUGCCGCAGAUCAUCGCCAACACGGACAAGGCCUUCUUCGACAACGCCAUGGACGUGAUGAGGGAGGCGGCGGAGAUAUGCUACCGGAAGGUGGACGGCAUCGAGUGCAUCACCUGCCCUCACAAGCCGGAGGGGUCCAUGUUCUUCAUGGUGAAGCUGGACCUCUCCUGCUUGGACGGCAUCGCCGACGACGUCGACUUCUGCACCCAGGUCGCCCGCGAGGAGUCCGUGGUCAUUUGCCCAGAUCCGCGCACUGGAGAAGCGGAAGAAGGCAGGCAAGUACGCCAAGAAGGUGAAGGCCAAGGUGAGGAGGAAGAUGCACGAGAUGGAGAACACCUUGGAGCCUGAUGAGUUUGCUGACCUUUGGAAAGGGGAAGACUAGCUAGUGCGGGCGACUGUACCAAUGAAUUUGAUCGUCAAACUCAAACCCAUGCAUGCUGGCGGCUAUGGCCAAGCACUGAAUUUUGCAUUAUCAUGUGCACCGGACGAACCGCCGAACAGGGCCACCGCAGCGUUAUUGCCGGCCGUGCUUCGGGGGAGCAACCGCUCUGCCUGCGCCGGCGCUCAGUCGCUGCGCCUCCGGUGGCCGCUUCUUCUCCGACUCCGGCAUAGAUUUAGCCCUCAAGUGCUGAAGCCCCAGCGUCUCACCCCAUGGCGAAGAAGAGGAAGCGCAGCUCCGAUGCUUCCGCCCCUGCUGCCGUAGAGAAGCCUGACGACUCUGCGCCAGAGCGGCCGGAACGCACCCUCUUCGGGUUCAAGGACUCGGCUGACGAGCCUGCUUCUAAGGACGCAGGGCCGCUCUUCCGGAACAAGGAGAAGGUGCUCAUUACGUGCUCCCGCCGCAUCAUUUACAGGUACCGGCAUCUAAUGCAGAACGUGGUGUCAUUGCUGCCGCAUGCCAAGAAGGACAACAAGGUUGAGUCCAAGCAGAGCAAGGGCAGCGCGCUCAACGAGCUGGUCGAGCUCAGGAGCUGCUCAAGCUGCCUCUUUUUCGAGUGCAGAAAACAGAAAGAUCUUUACCUUUGGAUGGUCAAGUCCCCUGCAGGGCCAUCAGUGAAAUUUCUAGUCAAUGCUGUUCACACCAUGGAGGAACUGAAGCUCACCGGCAACCAUCUGAAAGGGUCACGUCCUCUGCUAACAUUUUCUUCAAAUUUUGACCAGCAACCUCAUUGGAAGCUCUUGAAGGAAAUGAUAACACAAAUUUUUGCUACUCCAAAAGAUCAUAGGAAGGCAAAACCUUUUCAUGAUCAUGUUUUUGUGUUCUCCAUUGUGGAUGACCACAUUUGGUUCAGGAAUUACCAGGUAUCUGUACCCCACAAUGAGAUUGCCAAAGUUGAUAAAGGAGGCCUAGAUAAAAUGACACUUGUUGAGGUUGGCCCCAGGUUCUGUUUGAAUCCAACAAAAAUAUUUGGUGGUAGUUUUGGUGGCCCCACAUUGUUCGAGAACCCAUUCUAUGUGUCUCCCAACCAGAUCCGCGCACUGGAGAAGCGGAAGAAGGCAGGCAAGUACGCCGAGAAGGUGAAGGCCAAGGUGAGGAGGAAGAUGCACGAGAUGGAGAACACCCUCGAGCCUGAUGAGUUUGCUGAUCUUUGGAAAGGGGAAGAGUAGCUAGUGCAGGCGACUGUACCAAUGAAUUUGAUCGUCAAACCAAUGCAUGCUGGCGGCUAUCGCCAAGCACUGAAUUUUGCACUAUCAUGUGGUAGUUCUUGUAUGACAAUCAAAGCAUGUGUUAAUUUAUGUAAACAACUUGAUUUUGUUCUUGCUCGUAUCCUACUGCCUGUGUGUUUCA